UCUGUUUUCGAAUUCAACAUUUUUUGAGUUUUAUGUUUUGAUGAAGAAAAAUAACAUGUCUACAAAUUCAUCUACAACGUUGAUGAUUGUUAUCGGUAAUCUACCUACGGAUACAAAUGUUGAUGAAAUACGUUCAUUUUUAUCGUCAAUUAAUGUUCAAAUUCAAUCAAAUUGUGUUGGUGGUGGUGGUAUACGAAUAAUUCCAUCCAUAGCUGCUAAUAAUGAUGAUCAUGAUUCAUCAUCAUCAUCAUCAUCAUCAAAACAACAACAAAUGAAUGCCUAUAUAAAUGUGGUUAGUGAACAAGAUAUCAUAAUGGCCACUGAACAAUGUGAUAAAAAAUUAUUUCGAAACAAAUAUCCAUUAUCGAUACGACGAACAAUGAAAAAAGAAAUCAAUCAAAAUAUAUCACAUUAUAUACGUGAAAAUCUACAUAUGACAUGUGAAUGGAUUGAUUGUAAUAUAAAAUUUCAUGAUCGAUCAUUAUUUUUUAAACAUAUCAAUGAAACACAUGUACCAACAUUUUGGUCAAAUCUAAAUAACGGUAAUGGUAAUGGCAAUGGCAUUGAUAAUGAUGAUGAUGAAAAUAAAUCCAAAUGUAAAUGGCAUGGCUGUUAUGAUAAUAAUGAAUUCAUGGAUUGUGAACAUUUUCGGCUACAUUUAAGUUUACAUGGAUUUCAUAAUCAAUUGAUGAAUAUUGGUCAGCUUAUAAUGAAUAUUACCGUACCACGGUUAACAUGUUAUAUGGAUAAUCCAGCACGUAAUGUAAUAACGGAAACAUGUCAAAAAUUCAUUUGCGGUUGGAACGGAUGCAAUGCCGAUUUUAUGGAUGGUGAAACAUUUUUUCAACACGUUGAUUAUCAUGCCAUUGAAGAUGUUCCGAUACCAAUAAUGGCGAAAGAGAAAUUGAAAAAUGUUCGUUUCGCACGUUGCCAAUGGAUGGAUUGUCAAGCAGCAUUCAAACAAAAAUUUUAUCUAAAAAUGCAUCUACAUUCACAUACACAACGUAAAGUGGUUGCAUGUCCAGUUUGUGGUGAAUUAUUCUCAACACGUAUGGCAUUUAUUAAUCAUUGUUAUCGCCAGGAAACACCGACAAUUAUUACGGCAACAACAACAACAACAACAAAUCAAUCAUUAUCAUCAACAUCGAUAAUAUGUGAUAAAAGUAAUGAUGAUGACCAAGAAGAUUUUGUUGCAGUUGAUUGUUUGGAAGAUGAUGAUGAACAUAUUCUUACUAUUGAUGAAAAUCAUCGUGGUCAAUCAUCGAUUGUGAUACGACUAGCAUCUUCUAAUAUUAAUCUACAAACUACAAAUGAUCCCACCACCACCACUGCCACAUCAUCAUCAUCAUCAAAAUCCACUAAUGUGGAUGAAAUGAGUGAAUCAAUUUUAUUGGUAAAUUUUCCAAUUACCAAUAAUCAACAACAACAACAACAACAGCAAGAAGAAGAAAUUAUACGUGAUUAUCAAUGUAAACAUUGUACGAAAUCAUUUCAUACAUUAACAUUGUUACGUGAACAUGAAAAUAAACAUCUCAGAAAACAUCAUUGUCCAUUUUGUAAAUAUAAAGCAUGUCAUAAAUCACAUCUGAAAGAACAUAUUCUAUUUCGCCAUUCGGAUAAAUAUGAUUAUCAAUGUCAAUUUUGUAAUCAAUAUUUUAAAAGCCGCCGUUUUCUACAAAGACAUAUUGAAUCGCAUAAAAGUGAGAAAAAAAUUCAUCAUUGUACAUUUUGUGAACAAAAAUUCACCACAUUCUAUACAAUGAAACGCCAUAUACGUAUGAAACAUUUGUUGGAAGAAAUUAUUUUUGAAUGCCAUUUAUGUACGAAAAAAUAUAAUCGUGGUAAUAAUUUAUCCAGACAUUUAAUAGGUAAACAUUGUUUGAAAGUAGCUAAUGGUUGGACUGGUUUUGAAUAUGUGAAACAAUCAUCAACAAUAAUCAAUGUUGAUGAUCAUCAACAGCAACAGGAUAAGGAUCAAUUAUCGACAACGACAACAACAACAUCGACCAAAAGGGAUGUAUAUCGUAUAAAUCCAUUGAGUUGUAUUGAAUAAUCGAUAGUGGACAUUCGAAGAAGAAAAAAAAUUCAAAUGUCAAUCAUAAACAACGAUCAUACAUGAUUACAAGACACAUGAUACUAUUACGAUGGUGAUAAUUUCAUCAAUUAUUUUCAUAGACCACAUGGAUUGAUUGAAAUGUAACACUGAUUGAUAUUGCGGAUUAUGAUUAAGUAAUAAAUGAUGAUUGUUUGAUAA